UUAUUUCCGCCGCGUCUCCUUCCUGUCCUGCUGAUCGUCCCGCAUUAAGAAAGGUGGCAGCCAUUACCUUUUCAUUACGUAAAAGGUCGCGUAAAAGCAUACAAGUCGCAAGAAUUUACGGUUUUUAUUACGCUGUUUGUGAUUAUUGUACACAGUAGUGCAUUCGUGCAGUGCACACUGAACGAGGCGGAGUCAGCUGCCGAUUUGUGUCUCUCGGCUGUGUUCGGCUGUAGUCGUGUGCCGCUGUGCUAAAUGAGAUGGACACAAGCGAGGCGGUUGUGAAACGGAUUAGGUUAGCCAGAGCGGAGGAGGAGAAGACCGGGGAACUGGAGGAAGAGGAGGAGGGGGAGGAAGAGGAGGAGGAAGAGGAGGGAGAGCGUUCCGAAAGCGAGCCGGACGAUGCCGAAGUUAGCACGAUGCCCGGCAUGACGGAAGCAAGCAACAUCGCCAUAGCCGAGUCUCUGCCGAACACAGACGACGGCGAAGCGCCGUUUGCGGAGGUUACAACUGUUACAGUGAGUGAUGUCCAGAAUGCAGAUGACAACGUUUUCUCAACAUCUGUUGCCAGAGCAGCCUCCAUCCCUGAACAUGUGCUUACAGGUAGAACCACUCUGCAGAUUGGGGACAGUCUCAGCACACAAAAGGCCACCCUGAUUGUUGUGCACACGGAUGGGAGUAUAGUGGAUGCCACAGGCCUGAAAGCUACAGCAGCUCCUAUGACAACAGGACCUCAGACUCCCUCCACCCCGAUGACUCCGAGCCAUGAGAAAGAUGUGAACAAGUAUAACUGGGAUCCAUCUGUGUAUGACAACGAGCUGCCUGUGCGCUGCAGGAACACUAGCGGUAUCCUCAACAAGAACAGACUGGGAUCAGGUGGUAAAGGACGCUGCAUCAAAUACAACAAUACCUGGUACACUCCAACAGAGUUUGAAGGGCUGGCUGGAAGAGCUAGCAGCAAAGACUGGAAGAGGAGCAUUCGUUAUGCUGGGAGACCUCUCCAAUGCCUUAUACAGGAGCGCAUCCUCAACCCACAUGCUGCCUCUUGUACAUGUGUGGCCUGCUGUGAUGAUAUGGCUGUGAACAAGGACGGAUCCUUUGGAGGCGACAGCAUAUCUAUGACUGGACCUGUGCGGCUUUUUGUCCCUUACAAGAGGCGGAAGAAAGAGAGUGAACGUCCAGCAUCUCCAGAAAAGAAGGAGGCACCCUCACCCAAGAACAUUACUUUAGCACCUGGGGCUGCAUGUAUAUGUUUUCCUCUCUUCUCCCUCACAGUGACCCCAUCGGGCCAGCUCACCACUACUGGCACACUGACCUUUGAUCGAACGGCAACUGGAGAUGCGACGACCAUCAUUUCUGACAGCCCUGCCGCUUCAGAUGUCUUCAGCAGCACAGCAGUGCUGACCACUCUGCCGGCUCUGACGGUCGUCCCUCAGCAGCCCAUUUUACAAGCUAAAGCUCCUGCUGCAGCUAGAGUGGCCAACGGCUUGGAGAUGAGUGAGCAGCGCACCUGGCUGUACUUAGAGGAGACAGCCAACACACUACUCAACACUGUCCAGCAGCUCAAAGCAUUCAUUGCCCAGGCCAAACAGGCCAGCCAAGCCAGCAGCAGCCUGGAGAAAAGCAACUGCAGCAGGAAGGAUUCUUUUGCCAGCCAACUGUCGCUUACUGAUGACACAGAGGGGAAGAUUACUGAAAUUAUCAUCAAGCAUACUUGUGUGAACUGUGGACGUGAAGCAUCCAGCGAAUGUGCAGGUUGCCACAAAGUCUACUACUGUUCAAACUUCUGCCAAAAAAAGGACUGGAAAGAUCACCAGCACAGUUGCUGUCGGCCCAUUGUUGCUGUGGGAGUUCAUGACGAGGCUCACAUAGCCAGCAUGGAGGUGGAGAAAGUCAAGGCGUAGCCCCAGUAUGGAUACAUGCAGUGGAUUUAGAAUAUUCACCCUCAAACACCAUGAUGUAGAAAUACACUAUAAGGCCAAAAGUAUGUGGUCACCUGACCAAACCUGUAACAACAUGUAAAUGUGCCCAAAAAGCUCCAUGAACACAGAGGCAGAGAACAUAAAACAUGUUUGAAAUGUACUGGAACACUGACUGAUGCCACUCAAAUAUAACAGCAAAUGUGGAAUAAAUCUGAAACUGGAUGUUCAAGAAGCACAUAUAGGAUUGUUGACAAGCAUUUGGAGUUUAACUCGUUCUUUGCUGUUGUUUAUCAGCACUAAUAAUCUGAAUCUCUUGAAUAUGUUUUGCUUAAACAAAGACAGGACACAUUUUUAAAAAGACUUUUUGUGCUACAUUCCUAGAGGAGCAUACUCUAAUGCCAGAGACUGAAAGGAAACAUCUAAGAUGAGGAAAUCGGUCUUAACACACAAAAAAAAUUUAUGUGAUUAAAAAGAUUGAUAUGGUUAAUACACAUCAAUCCACAAGCCAGGAAAGUCAGGAAAAGGAAGCAUGAUGUCAUUUGAGAAAUAAGAGGUGAGCAGAAAGAAACACAAUAUAAGACUUUGUUUAUGCCUUGCACAUUUGAUAGUAUUUUUAAUUAAACGAAUAACAUGUCAAAGUGCAAUUUGAUGUGUAACAACUACCAUCAUUGAUUAUUACUGAUAGUAUUAAGUGAGUUGGUUUGAAUCACUCAAAACUGAAAUGUUCUGCAAGUUUAAUUAAAAUGUUUUGCUGACUGACA